GGCACUCUUGCGAAUGGGAAUUAAAAAGACAAGCGCCUCCAAUGGAACAUUCGUCCAGAUAUCAAUUUGUACGUGCCCCUGCUGCAGGAUGUACAGGUGUGGAUAACUGUGCUGGUAAUAUUUAUAAUAGAUUCUAUUGCACCACCUUAGGGUAUAUUUUACAGGUCAAUGGCAUAUCAUAUAACCAAUGAGCAAUCAUUGCUUCGAGAAAUUACUUUGACUUCUCGCCACAAACAGCAAUUUCCUUUGCAACUCCCCACUCCCCCUUCCUGACCUUGAAGCAUAGUCCACGUGUCCAUCUCUUAAUUAUUCCACGAAUCGUCACCAGGCCGAUAGAUAAAUGAUGGCCCUCUUGGCUUUAAUGCUCAUGCCUUUGUUGUUACAGGUGGUGGGCAGUGGCACACGGCUAUGAUCCAGCUCUGUCGAGGCAACAGUUUGUUGAAUCAUGCGGUGAUUUGAGAUACUUCUAAACCCUCCUGGCUGCGAGUUGGACAGGAGGUAGCUCCAUCAGCUCCUGAAAAUCAUCGCACCGAUGCUUCUCCACUCCACGAUAUGCCCCGUGUGAACUCCAUGUGACACGUUCAAAUGGCACAGAGCGUGUUGAAACUGAAUCUCACCAACCUUACCAACGUCUCGUCUAACAGCUGUGUUCUCAACGCCUUCCAGCUGCUGUGCCCCCCGCCCGAGAUGUCCUACGCGAGCAGCGUUCUCGUGCAGACUGCGCUCGUCAUCUGCAUCGUGGCCAUCGCUGUUGGCAACACGCUGGUCAUCGCGUCCAUCGCCUACUUCCGAGAGUUGCAGUCGCGCAUGAACGUCUUCACGCUGUCCCUGGCGCUCGCCGACUUCCUCGUGGGCGUCCUCAUUAUGCCCUUCAGCAUGCUCAAGACCGUGCACAACUGCUGGUUCUUCAGCCGAUGGUUCUGCAAGAUUCACACGAGCCUCGACUACAUCUUCUCCACGGCGUCCAUCCUGCACCUCAGCUGCAUCACAUACGACCGCUACAAUGCCAUCUGCCACCCGCUGUGCUACACGCAACGGGUGAACAGGGCCAAGGUGGUCGUGAUGCUGGGCGGCUGCUGGGUGGCUCCUGUCAUCUACGUGGCGCCCAUAAUGCUCGGCUGGAACAUCAUCGGCAUCGAGGAGGUAGUGGCGAGCAUGACCUGCCCCGACAGCUGCGUCAUGUUCAAGAAGACUACCUUUGUGCUUCUGGACACGGUGUGUGCCUUCAUGGUGCCCAUGUCCAUCAUGGGGGUGGCGUAUGGGAAGAUCUACAGGGUGGCGCGCGAUCAGUCGAGGAGGGUUCACUCGCAGCACCAACAGCAGGUGGAUGGCAACGCCCUCAAGCGGGAGUACAAUGCCACCAAGACACUGGGCCUCAUCAUGGGGGCCUUCUGCGUGUGCUGGCUGCCAUACUGCGUGGUGAAUGUGGUGGACGUAUUCAAUAACGACCAGACUAGCAGGUGGGUGUGGAGCGUCGUUGCGUGGCUGGGAUACAUCAACUCCGGCUUCAACCCCGUGCUCUACGGACUCUUUAACCGACCAUUCCGUAGAGCAUUCGCGAUUGUCCUCAGCAAGAGGAUUUUCACCUCGGACACAAGAAAUGUGGAUCUUUUCAGAGAAGAUUAA